UCAUCCUACAGGUCAUUGAACCCGCGAUUUUUUCCGGUCCCUAGUAAUAGCUAGUACACACAACCACCACGUAUUACUCUUCCCGCAGGAAUAACCCUGACGUAUCCCGGACGGGAGAGACAGGAAGAGUCAUGUUCAAGCGCAGGAACGAGCCAGCACACGGCGCAUUGCGAGCCCAGUGGAGCGGCAACCAGGUCGAGAUGGCCUCCGGGGAGGUUGGCAACACGUGUCGCGAAGGGAAGCGGUGGAAUAAAGCGUGGGGGCCCGCGGCCUGCGGCUCAUGGAGGUGCGCAUCCCCAUGCACGCGGUGCGCGACCAGGACGCGCGCCUCGAGUGCCACUUCAACCUGGAGGGCGAGGCGCUCUACUCCGUCAAGUGGUACAAGGACGGCAACGAGUUCUACCGCUUCGUGCCGCAGGACAUGCCGCCGGCGCAGCUCUUCCCGCUGCCCGGCGUUACCGUCGACAUUCACAACUCCUCGGACAGCCAGGUGGUGCUCAAGUCUGUGAACCUGUCGAGCACGGGCAGGUACCUGUGCGAGGUGUCUGCCGAGGCGCCGUCGUUCGAGACGGUGUCCGAGCAUGGUGACAUGGUGGUGGUUGCUCUGCCCGAGGAGGGACCCAGGAUCAGCGGAGGAAGGCCGCGCUACCAGGUGGGAGACACGGUGCGAGUCAACUGCACGUCUGGCCGCUCCAAGCCCGCGGCGCAGCUCAUGUGGUUCAUCAACGGCCAGCAGGCGGACCAGUCGUUCCUGCGAGGACCGCACACGCGGCAGUCGGGCCGCGAGGCGCUGGAGACCUCGGUGCUGGGGCUGGAGUUCAGGGUGGCGCCGAAGCACUUCAAGCGAGGCGACAUGAAGCUCAAGUGCCUGGCGACCAUCGCCACCGUGUACUGGCGCAGCAACGAGGAGAGCGUGGAGGGCGACCGGCCCCAGAGGGCGCCGGUGCUGGAGAGCCGCGAGACGGUGCCGCCCAGCAAGUCGCGAGCCGACCGCGUGCAGGCCGCCGGGGGCAGUCCGGCCGCGCCGACCGCCAGCCGCCUGCUGCUGCUCUGCUCGCAGUUGGCAGCCCUGGCCGCGGUGCUGAGCGCCAGGCCCAGGUAACACGCGCACCUUGCAUCACGUGACCGGCGCGCGCCGCAGGGCUGCCACCCCUGAGGGCCUGGCUGGCGUGCGUCGCGCGCCCAGGAGAGACAACAGAAGGAACAAGAAACGGAAAGUGUUGCGGACAACCAUAGGACGCUUUUACUUAAAAAAAAAAAUUACAAGGAAAAUAAAUUUGGAUAAAAGUGA